ACCAACCUUUAUUUGCCAAUCCCACAACAGCAUCUCUCAUUCUCUCUACUAUACUUUUUCUCAAAAUUCUUCCUUUUUUGUUUUCUGUUUCAUCUUUUCUUCUUCAGAACUGUUCAACAGCUUCCCUUGUUUUGUUCAUCUGCUACUUUCUUGAUUGCAAACUUUUUAUUAGUACCAUAAGUUUAGGUCUGCAGAAGUAGAACAGAAAAAAAGAAAAUGUAUGUUGAAGAAAGUGUUUGUUAUGAUCCUGCUACUCAUCAUGUGCAGCAUGAAGGACUAACAGAAGAUGUUUUUGUCAUACAAGAGCAUACAUAUCAUAACAACAAUGAUUCCUCCCAACAAGAUGUAGCUGCUGCAGCUGCAGCGGCCGCGUUGGAGAUGGAAUUUCAACAUCAAUUGAAUCAUGAAAUGGAACAAUGUUAUAAUAAUAAUAAUACUCAUAACAACAACAAUAAUAUUGUUAAUGAAGGGUUAUCUUGUGAUCAAUCGAAUUGGGGAGAAAUGAAUUUUCCUCCAUACCAAAAUCAACAACACAAUGAUAAUGGUAACAGCAACAACAACUUUCAUCAACAAGAUUUCUCGAAUCCGAUAUCUGAACCUCCAUAUUUGACAACCCCUGAUCUUCUCAACAUGUUUCCACUACCAAGAUGCACACAAUCAUCUUUGCUUCCUCAAAAAUCCCCAAAUUUGUUAACUUCAUUAGGCCUUAUUGGUGACAUUGAUGGCGGCGGUGCGUCAACUUCAAGAGCAAUAUAUGAUCCUUCUUCUUUAGUACUCCCAUUGAAUCUACCCCCACAACCCCCUUUACUAAGAGAAUUGUUCCACUCUUUUCCACAUGGCUAUGGUUUGAGAAACUUGAGAAGCAACAACAAUACCUCUUUCUUUAAUGGAUUGGAGGAAACAGAUCAAGGUUUAUACCAAGAAAAUGGAGAAACAAGGCCUUUUGACAAUGGGAUUUUUGAGUUUUCUGGUGGUAUGAAUGAUAUAGCCAAAAAUAGAGAGGGUAUAAAAGAGACUAAACAUUUUGCUACUGAGAGGCAGAGGAGGGUGCAUUUAAAUGACAAGUAUAAAGCUUUGAGGAGUAUGGUUCCAAAUCCAAGCAAGAAUGAUAGAGCAUCAAUAGUGAAGGAUGCAAUUGAUUACAUCAAUGAGUUGAAAAGGGGAGUGAAUGAGUUAAAACUUAUGGUUGAGAAGAAGAGAUGCAAUAAAGAUAGGAUUAAGAGGCAAAAGACAGGAGGUGGUAGUAUUUCCAUGGAUGGUAGUGAUGCAAAGCAAAUAAUGGAUGAAGUGGAACAAUCAUACAAUGGGAAUUCAUUAAGGAGUUCAUGGCUUCAGAGGAGGUCUAAGAAUACUGAAGUUGAUGUUCGGAUUGUUGACGAUGAAGUUACUGUCAAACUUGUUCAGCAAAAGAGGAUUAAUUGUCUUUUCUUUGCAUCUAAAGUUCUUGAUGACCUUCAAUUGGAUCUUCACCAUGUUGCUGGUGGACUUAUUGGUGAUUACUAUAGCUUCUUGUUUAACUCAAAGAUUUCUGAAGGAUCAACUGUUUAUGCAAGUGCAAUAGCCAAGAAGCUUAUUGAGGUUGUGGACAUACAGUACGCAGCUAUUGCACCAACUAACAGCUAUUAACUAAGUUUUCAGCUCUUUCAUUUAUGAUUAAUUUCUAGAAGGUUUAAGCAGCCAGAGUGGAUGAUAAUGAUUAAUUUAGUAAUUUAGGAGUAAUAACUUUGUUAAAAUCCAUGGAAUUGAACACAGGAUUGGCUAAUUUACGCAAGUUUAUUUAAUUUGACAUCUUUAAUUUCUAAUAAGGAAUAUAUAUGCUUCAGAA